CGUCGGGGUCGGAGAGCUCGAGCGAGAGCGAGGACGAGGCGACGAGGGACGCGCGAAGGGCGGCGACGCGGGCGAGAGCGGCGGCGCGCGAGGCGGAGCGGGCGGAGGACGAUGAAGACGACGAUCGAGGCGAUGUCGCGGGUGUCUUGGUGCGGGGGUCGGUGGUGCGACCGAGCGAGGGCGCGGAGGGGGGGGGGUCGGAGUCGGAGUACGAGACGGAUAGCGAGUACGAGACGGAUAGCGAAGAGAGCGACUCGGGCGGGUUGGGCUCGAGGAAAAUGUUCAAGCCCGUCUUCGUUCGAAAGAGCGACCGGGACACAAUCGAGGAGCGGGAGAAGAUGGCGGCCGAGAUCGAUGCCGAGGCGGCGAAGACCGAAGAGGCGCGAGCGGCGAAGAAGGCUGAGAGUAAGAAGUUGGUCGAGCUCGAGGUGACGCGCGAAGCCGCGCUCGAGCAGGCGCUGGACGAGAUGGAACCGAGCGACGUGGACACGGACGACGAGCUCGACGACUCGAUUGAGUUUGAUAACUGGAAAUCGCGCGAGCUCGAGCGCUUGAAGGCUGACAGAAUCCAGCGCGAACUCUUGUUCCGCGAACGAGAGGAACAGGAGCGCCUGCGCGCGAUGACAGAGGAAGAGCGAGACGCGUAUCACGCGGCUCGUUUAGCCAAAAAAGAGGCGGACGAGGGUAAAGACCGGCCAAAGAUGGCGUUCAUGCAAAAAUACUACCACAAGGGUGCGUUCUUCCAGGAGUCGGCGGACGACGCGUUCGGCACUGCGGGCGCGGAUGACAUUUACAAGCGCGACUUCUCCGCGCCCACCGCGUCCGAGCGCUACGACAAAUCGCUCCUUCCUAAGGCGAUGCAAGUGCGCAAGGGCACGUUUGGCCGCUCAGGCCAAACCAAGUGGACGCACCUGGCGAACGAGGACACGAGCAUGGCGCGAAGAGGUGAUGACGACGACUUAUGGUCCGGGCGAAACCGAGACGUUCGAGCCAUUCGAGACAAGAUGACCUCCAAGCAGGGCGGGCUGAAGGACGCCAAGCGCUGA